UAGGAAUUUCAUUUCAAUUUCUUCCAUACUGACCAGUAGAUGCGGUAUAAAAUCAACGUGAAGUGCACAAAUUUUGAAGGCGAAAAUGAAGAGUAGGCGUGAUUAUUAACUGAUUUCACCCAUUUUUUUAUUGUAUAAAGAAAUUCCUCCUUGGGUGCCAAUAGUUAGUGCGCAUGCCCACAAAAUGUCAAAGCACAAAAUCCAUAAUAAUUGACAAGCAAGUAAAGGUAAUAAAUAAUGUAAUUUUAGAGCACAAAUUAAGGUAAUUUUAUUUAAAAUAUGUUGGAGUCAUUACUAGUGAAUCCAUUAGCAGCACUUUACCAUGAGGAGCUGUUUAUUAUACAAUGGGUGCAAAAUUUUUUUGCGCCUGUGGGGCCGAUACUACUGCUGCUCAGCGAGCAUUUGACGCCAGCAAAACUACUAGACAUCUAUGUUCCAGUGAUAGGUGUAUUUAGCCAGCAGCUUAUGGUGCUACUUGUAAGCGUGUUAGGUGUACUUAAUACGCUCUCCUCACUAGUCAAAUGGUCUGCGCCGGCAAACCGACCUUACUGGUGGUUACGUGAGUAUAAUGCCACGACUACGUUACAGCAACAUCAUGGCACUUGUGAAACGACAGCAGCUUUUCCUUCGAGCCAUUUGGUAUCCUUCAGCACAACUGUUUACUUAAUGGCUUUGAUACUUUUGCCCGCCUGUUGGCAGCGUUUUAAAUUGCCCAAUCGAUAUAUGAGCGCAUGUUGUAUGUUAGCGGUUAUACUAGCCGGGACUGGCAUGUCAAUAAGUCGCAUUUAUUUGGCUGCACAAUUUCCACAUCAAUGUCUGUUAUCGUGCUUUUUCACGAUUUUUACGAUACACACAUUCCGCAAAUAUGCCAAAAGUUUAUAUACUCUUUGUCGGUUUAAGGCAAUCCUGAUUCUCGGUUGCCUGAGCAUUUCGCCAGUGUUAAUAUAUUUUGGCAUGCUGCGUAUUGACAUGGAUCCGCAUUGGUCGGUGCGCAUGGCCUUCAAGUGGUGUAUGGAUCCAACACAAAUGCGCCAUGAGGAUAGUGCAAUUUUCGUGCUGGCUCGCGAUUUUGGACAUCUAACCGGUGUAGUGCUCUCGUUGCCAAUCUAUAAAAGCUUGGCAAACAAAACUGUUAUCACCAAACGUCUGCCACUGCUUUUGGUGCUGGAAAUGCUCAACUACUACGCGCGUCUGGAAACGCCGAAGACUUACGGUCGGGUUGCAUUUGUGGCAUAUGAGUUUGUACGUAAUGCCAUGCAUUCAUUUACGCUUUUAAAAGUCGUGCCGAAUUGUGCGACAUAAUGAAGAACGCUAUGAAAUAAUUAUAUAUGAUUCAAUUGUAAAGAAUUUUAGUUCAAUUGCUGUUAGUUAUUUAGAUAAAUUUCAGCAGAAUUUCGAAAAUUGAAAAUUAGCUGCCGAAUUAAAAACUAAAAAGAAGAAAAUAAAAAUAUAAGUAUUAGCCUCAAGUGUAAAAUAUUUUUUUUACUUAAUCAAAAGAAGCAAUAAAUCCUAAACUAACCUGACUAACCAAACUUCGCAUACGAGUCAUCGAAGCCAUGGAAACUUAAGCGUUUGAUGCCAACUUUUCGAAUUAUGUUAUAUUUAUUUAUAAUUUGGAUGGCAAAGAAAACUUGACAUUUUUUUCAUAUUCCGAAUAAUACCAAGAAUUUUUCACUGUCGAUUUAGGAUAAACCCUUUUAUUCGACCUUACUAUUUUGUAUCGACUAUUUAUAAAUCGUUUAGUACAAGCAUUAAAAAGAUGCAUUCAUCCUCUUUCAAACGCACCUAAUGUCACGAAAAUCGGAGGAAAGUUACUGUCACUUCAGUAAAAGAAAAAAUUUAUAAUUGGUAGCGAUGCAAAUUUUAUUGCGAGAAUGUUGGCUGAGAUAUUAAAUAAGAGUAAAAACACUAUUUGGAGAAUUUGAAAUUAAGAUUUGGGUAAACGAAAGAUGUGUGCACGUUUUGUUUCACAUGAAAUAAACGAAGACCAAAAAACAAAAAAAAAGUUAACUUCGGUUGCAUCGACGCUAUAAUACCCUUCACAAAUACAAA